GACGAUCUUUUCGUUAUGGUUUUCUCAACCAUAACUCCCAAAAUAUAAUCCUCCAAGUGUCAAAACAUGAGUGGUCCCUACUCUCAUCAUUAAUCAUUAUCUCACUUACUUAGCCCACAGCUCUUUAGUGGAAACCUUGCGUUUAACUGGAUCCAACGGUCACUAACUCACCAUACUCACUACUGUGAAUUUCAUCCAUCAGAUUAAUACUUUCAAUAUUUGCCGUCGGAUCGAGAACCCACGCGAAUCUCACGUUCAAUAAACAAUAAAGAAAAAGAAAUUCAAAACUUUGACAAGCGAGAGGGAGGAGAACCGAAGGGGAAAAGGAGAAAGAAAGAACACACCAACAACAAUUAAAAAUCGCCUCUUGUUUUUUUUGGCACGCCUCGGUGGAAAUAGUGAGCUCGGAAAAUCACAGAUAUUUUUGUAUUUUGAGGCUUUCGAGAUUGUCGAUUGGAAUUUGUAUAUGAAAGUGGGUGAAUUUGAUGUGAUUCAAGGCAAUUUGUGAUAUUAUUUGGUGAUUUUGAGCUGUGGCUGUGUAGGAUCAUUGGGAACAUAUUGGAACUUGAAUGGGGGAAGGAAAAGGAGACCAAUUCCCGCCAAAAAAAACGUACAAUCUGAUUCAGCGGAUUUUCCGGAGAAGAAGCUAGCAAGGCAGCUCCAUUUUACGGCCGCUUUUGGCGGGAUUUCUGCCGCUGCUGUAGUUUUCCCAGAAAACCCGCAAUCCAAACAAGGGAUGGAUGUUGCUUCGUGGUCGCCUGCAGCGGCUUCAGUUAAUCAGCGACAGCAGCCACAGAUAAAGCAACAGGUAGCGGCGACUAUUUCUGUGGCUGCCGGGCAAUCUCAUCCUCUAACUACAGCAUCGUCGAGUGUUGUAAAACCAGAAUCCCUAAAAGCUAAAACAAGACCAAAUGAACUAAAUGAUGGGGCUCCAAAGAAGCAGAAGCACUCUAACUGUAAACAUUUUCGGUGUCUAAAACUGUACUGUGAAUGCUUUGCAUCUGGCAUGUAUUGUGAUGAGUGCAAUUGUGUUAAUUGUUAUAAAAAUGUUGAGUAUGAAGCUGUGAGACGAGAUUCUGUUGGAGCAACUUUGAAGAGCAAUCUAAAUGCUUUCAGGCCAAAAAUUAAUAGCAGUUCACAUGGUGCAAAAGAUAACAAGGAGGCUGGGGAAGUUUUGAUGCUGGGAAAACACAGCAAAGGAUGUCAUUGUAAAAGAUCUGGGUGUCUUAGAAAGUACUGUGAGUGUUUCCAAGCCAACAUUCUUUGCUCCGAAAGCUGCAAAUGCAUGGGCUGCAAAAAAUUUAAGGGGAGCGAAGAGAGACAGGCUCUAUUUCAUGGUGACUAUGCCAACAAUAUGGCAUACAUCCAGCAGGCAGCAAAUGCUACCACAACUGGAGCAAUUGGGUCAUCUGGUUAUGCAUCUGCCCCAGUGUCUAAGAAGAGAAAAAGUCAGGAACUCCUUUUGGGGUCAACUGCCAAGGAUCCAUCUGUUCACAGUCUUGGACAUUUGCAACAGACAAAUCUUAUCAGAGCUUCUAUUCCCUCCUCUUCCUUGUCUUCUAUGUCAGUUUCUCGUGCUGGUACUGCAGUAGGCCCAUCAAAAUUAUCAUAUAGGUCUCUGUUUGCGGACAUUAUUCAAAAGCAGGACUUGAAGGAGCUUUGCUCUGUUUUGGUAGUUCUAUCCAGAGAAGCUGCAAAGAUACUUGCAGACCAGAGAAGUUUGAUUGAAGGGGCAGAAGAUCACUCAGAAAUUUCCCUUGCAUCAUCCACUCAAGACAAGCUGGAAAGCCAGAAGGAUUUUGUUGCUGAAAAAACCAGGGCUGACAAUUGUUCGAGUGCGAACCAGGCUGUUAAAUCUGGCCCUGAGAAUUCUUGCACAGAUGUUGCUGAUAUGCCAGAGGGAAGACCUAUGUCUCCAGCAACUUUGGCAUUGAUGUGUGAUGAACAAGACACAACGUUCACAGCAGCUGCUUCACUUAAUGGGAUCAUGGAUGAUGGCUACAGCACAUCUUCACAAUUGCCUUGUGGAAAGGGCAUGAUACAGAUUGAUGCAGAGCAUGAAAGAGUUGUUUUGACAAAGUUCCGAGAUUGUCUUAAUAGGCUUAUCACUUUUGGAGAAAUAAAGGGCAAGUUUCCCACUCCCUUUUCUGAAAAUUCGAUUCAUAAUGAAUUAUAUUCCAUGCAGCAAAAAGGAAGAAAUUUCAAAUGAUGAAACCAUCCUCACAAACAAUGAAGAACUUCCUCAUUAACUAGGAAAGAACUGGUUUAUCAAGAUUUCCAAAUGACACCAAUUAAUAGUCAGUUUAUAUAUGUCUAAAGGAAGGAGAUACCAGAAAAAUAAAGUUGAUAUGUUUGAAUUUAGGAGGUAGAUUAUUUUGUUUCACAGGUAUUUGAAAUAGGUUCCUUAACUUUGGAUGCUUGCUGUAUGAUGGCCUAUGUAAAACAUGGUUCAUGAUUGAUGGGUUCUCUAGAAUGAUACAGUUUGCUUCAGCACAAUCAGCUUUGCUGCUGUACUUUUCAAGGCUAGGUGCAAUCCCUCUGAUCCUGGUGUGCUGAAGUAAAUUGCUAUCUGUGAAGUGGCAAAGAGUGUACUUGUUCAAUUUGUAAAUGUUAUCCAUCUUAUGGUGUAUUAUGUUUGCUAUCUUAAAAGUGGUAAUUUGACAAUGCUGCUCCUUCCAAUCACAAGAA